AUGAGUACAUCACCAACAAACACUUUAAGUUUUACCAAUGCUACUGGAGAACAUAAACCUGUGAUUAAUAGUGAUGGCUAUCCUGCGACUCAAUAUUCGACAACUCCAUAUUCUAAUUCAUCAACUCAAUCACCAACAUCAUAUAUUUCAUCAAAUGGUAUGCAACACAUGGAUCGACGAUCAAGUUUAGCUGCUGGUGUUCCAGUAUUGCCAAUCCUUCAUCAACCUUUUGCCUCUCAUCAUGAUAUUAAAGUUCAUAAUUUACCUCAUCAUAAUCAUCAUAAUCAUCAUCCAGAAAAUUCUGAACAUCAUUCACCACCACCACCACCACAACAACCACAACAACCACAACAACAAUGGUCAACUAAUAAUGGGAGUCAUACGUCAUCAUCAUCAUCAUCGCCACCGUUUCCUUUUGGAUCUUAUACUACUACCAAAACCAAUCCAUCAACCACCACCAAUGCUGCAAAUGUUAUAAAUAAUUCUAAUACUACCACGAACACAAAUACAUCAACGAAAUCAUUUGAUGAUAAAACCACGAUAGAUGGAUCAUUCUUAAGUACUCAUAAUACUCAAUCUCCACCUUCUACUAUAGGUUAUUAUAAUCAAGGUCCAUUAUAUGAUCGAAAUGGUAUUAAUACUAAUAAUGCUACCGUGGCUGCUGUAGCUGCCGCUGUGGCUGCCAAUAACAAUACUGGUAAUUUUCCACAAGAUUAUCCAAUGAUGGCAAAUAGAUUUACUAAUGGUACUAUAACCGUAAUGUCAUCAGCCACCGAUAAUGUUCCUGCACCUCAAGCUAUGAUGACAACUUUUAGUUCAAAAACUGUAUCAUCCACUCCAAAGAGAUAUAAAUGUAAUGUAUGUCAAAAAAGAUUUACUCGACCUAGUUCAUUACAAACUCAUACAUAUAGUCAUACAGGGGAGAAACCAUUCAAAUGUCCUGUUGAAGGUUGUGGUCGACAUUUCUCUGUAGUUAUUUAG